GGUUUGUCGCGCUACAAAUGUCUGUCUAUAUCAAUAAAGUGAAAUAUUGAUCUCGAAUAGGACAACCAGUCAACGAAUAUAAGUAAUAUUUAUUAAAAUUAUUAGCAAAUGGCUUCGCUCGGUUCAAUUGAGCCUAACCAUGUGGACCAAAGGGAUUUGGAAUUAAAUCCUGAAGACCAAACUGUCGAUGAAAUUUUUAAAAAGAAUACAAUUCCUGAAGUUCAAAGACUUAAUAGACAAUAUAAGCAAAAGAUUGAAACUAGUAAACAUGAUUUACAUACAUUAGUUGGAUCAAAAUAUCGAGAUUUAAUUAAGAUAGCUGAAGAUAUUGAUGAUAUGUAUAAUGUUUCAUAUGGAAGUGACGGACGAAUAUCAGAUUUAUCAUAUAAACCAUCUAAAUUUUUAAAAUUAUCCAAUACUAAUAGUUAUUCAAAAUUUGAUACACUUAUAAGAUCUAAAAAGGCAUCAGAAGCUAGAAAUAAAAAUAAAAUAAGAAUUUUAAGAUCUUUAAUUUAUAAUCGAUUAGAGAAAUUAGAUUUAAAAAUAGCUACUAAUAAAUCAUUAUCUCCAUUAAUUCAUUCAUCAAAUUUAAUUUAUUAUGCAAAAUUAUAUUAUUCAAUUGAAACUUUAUUUAGUGAUAUAUUAAAGGAAAAUAUUUAUAUUCAAUCUAAAUUUCAAGCAUUAAAAUCCAAUUUCAUUAAAUUUGUUGAAUUUGAAUUAUCUCAUUAUAAUGUACUUGAACAAAGUGUUUAUGGAGGUGUAAAUGAUAAAGUAACUCCUCAACUGAGAUUAGUAUUUACAGAUUUAAUUAAUACUCAACCAAUAUUAUUAGAUGAUGAUUUAAGAAUAUAUGAAGAAUUCAUUCAAGAUGAUAAUUAUGAUGAUGGAGAAGAAGAAGAUAAAUUCGAAGAUGAAGAAGUUGUAUUUUCAAAAUUAGAAUCAUUUAAUAAAAAUUCUAUACCUAUAGUUAAUUUUUUAUUAGCAUAUACAAUUAUAAAUCGUACAAAUCCUGAUUUAGAUACUUUAUCAAAAAUCCUUGAAAAAUUUUAUGAAUUAAGGUAUAAUUAUCUUGAAUCAUUAUUAAAACCUUUAGUUAAAUAUGGUCCAACAAAAGUUAACUUUUUAAAGAUAUUUAGAUAUAUUGAAAAUUCUUGUAUUUAUACUGAUAAAUAUCUUAAAGAUAUUAAUAGUAUAUUUUUUAUAAAUUUAAAAUCUUAUACAAAAAGUUGGGAUGCUACACAAUUAAUUGGAUUUAAAGAUUGGAUAGAAAAUGGAGAAAUUUAUUUUAAUCAAUCAGUUUAUCUUAUUGAAAUUCCUAAAUCAGUUUCAUUAACUUUAGCUGAAUCCAAUCAACAAUGGAUUACUUUAUUAACUCAAUUUUUAAUAGAUUCUACCAAUAAUUCUCGAUUUAAUGAAUAUGAGAAAUUAGAUAAUUCAUUAAUAAUGUUUCAUAAUUUUAUUACUGAUUUAUCAAAAUUAUUUGAUUAUGCUAGUUAUAAUUAUUCAAAUUCAAAAUUAAUUGAUUUAAUAAUUCUAUCAAAUAAAGAUAAUAUUGCUGUUAAAUGUCUUGAUAUUAUAUUAAAUAAAUCUGAAUCAGUAUAUUCUACAUUAUUUGCUGAAUUAUUCUCAGAAUCACAAAAUAGUAUUUCAAAUACUAUUGAAACUAAUUUAUCUAAUCAUACAUUUAAUUCAACUAAGAGGAAUUUACAAUUAUUCUCUAAAGAUUUGACUCAAUUAAUUGAUAAAAGAUUAGAAAAAUAUAUUGAAAUUAUGACAGAUAUGUCAUUAUCAACUUCUAAUGAUGAAGUAUGUGAAUCAAUUCAAAAUUGGUUUGGGAAUUUUGUUAAACUUAAUAAUUUAAUUGAUUAUAAGAAAGAAAUUGAUUCUAAUAAAUUAACAGCUUUAAACAGUCUUAGUAGUAUCUACAAAUUAAUUUCUAGACCUUCAUCAACCAAUAAGAAGGAAAUUAAAUGGGGGAAUUUCUCCAGUAAUUUAUUCGAUAUAGAAUUAGAAAAAUUACAUGAAAAGAUCCUUGCAGACUUUUGGAAUAAUAUCAAUCACUUUAUAGAAAGGGUAAAUUUAUUAAUAAAGGAAUCUCAACAUAAUAAUAUUAUAUCGAAUUAUUAUGUCUUGGGUAUUUUACUUGUUGUUAAAGAUAACAUUACUAAUAUUAAUCAUCUUAAGGAGAAAAGUCAACCUACUUUAGAUAAUAUCGAUAGUAUUACUAAAAGUUUAUUUGAAAGUAUUAUUUCUAAUAUUCCUGAUGAAAAUUUUACUAAUAAAUUCGAUACCAACAUCACAGUAAUUUUGAAAAAUUCUGGUCCAACUACUGAAUUACCAUUACGUCCAUCUAUGGGGUUAUCAGCACUUAUGUAUCAUAUUUCUAAGAAUUUCUUAUCGGCUGGUCUAGAUUCUGAUGAACUUCAUUUUGGAAAACUAUUCCUGAAUCCUCUAAUUAAUGGUAUAUUCAUUGAUAUCAAGAAUCAAUGGAUUGAGGAUAAGUUAAUUACUAAACUCUAUUCAUGUUUGAAUGAAGUCAAACUGGUUGUGGAAGUACCUAAUGGAAAGAAUGGGAAUGAGAAUAAAGAAGAGGAACAACAGGAAGAGGAAGAAAAGAAGGAAGUUGUUGAUCAGACCGAUGAGGAACACGAAGAUCAACCUCAGUCAACCCCUCACCAUCAUAAGGAAGCAUUAAGUUUAUUUGCAGAUAUUGCCUUUCUUCUACAGUUCACUCAGACUGAGCCAAUUAAGGAGAUUUCCCAUAGCCAAUUGAAAAGUGCAUUGGAUCAUAUUAAUGAAUAUUAUGGAGAAAAUUCAAUUGAUGAUACAACCGCCAAUAUAAUUACUAAUGGAGUAGCUGAAUAUUACCGAUCAAGCAAAGCAAUGUAUUUACCAUUACUGAUAACUAAUUAAACCUUUAUAUAUAUAUAUAUUAAUAAACCAAUAGUACAUAGUCUAAUAGAGGUAAAUUUUUGAACCAGAAUUAGUUAAUUCCUUUAAUGCAUCAGUUGUUUCCUUUAUAUCCCAAAUAUUUUGACUCUUUACAUCUAAAUAUGAAUUAUCAACUAUUAUAACUUUAAUUUCUUCUUGUUUAAUUGCUUUAUCUUCAUUAUUUAAUACUUUAAGUAAUCGUCCUGGUGUACAACAAAGUAUACGAGAAUUAGUUGUUUUUAAUAAUUUUAAAUCUACUUCAAUUUUAUUUUUAUUAAUAACUUUAAGUGAUGAACCACUUAAAUCUUUGGUAGCUCUAUGAAUAUCACAAGCUCUAAUGGCAGACAUUGAUACAAUAGCAAUGAAUUUUCUUUCUUCAUUAGAUACUGAAGU